CCGGGUCUCAGGCUACCGAGACAUUGCAGCACUUCCUUCCCCAAGCCUAGCCCGCUCUUUUAUGAAUAAGGUCCUGGAAGUGAAGGACUGAUUGGCUGUUUUUCUGACGCUAUAUUUAACCGCGAUCCUGCUUUGAUUCAAAGCAACCAUGUCUGCAUCUGGACUUAAUCCUCGGUUCAAAAGUAUUCAGGAUGAGGACAUUUUGGCUAUAAUGAGGCAGGCCUCACAGGACCAGAAUGAGAUAACAGUCCUAGCUAAUGCCUUAAACACCCUCCUCAACGACGUGGAAGCCUUCCGCUUAAACCUCAUCCGUUUUUCGACGCUUGGCUAUUUCCAACAUAUUACUCCUAUUCGAGACGUUGCUGUAGAAUUCUCCGACACCAUCUCCGCUAUGUGGAAGGAGGUGUAUCAAUUUCUUAAGCAAGGAUUGCAAAUAUUGCGCUCAGAGCCUUCGCAUAAAGAUAUCGCAAACGCCGAGCAUCAUAUACGCGCGGCUCAGGUGGAUUAUCUGAGAGCCUGUCAAAUCAUUGAAACCCGUUUUGAGGACCUUUUGUGGGACAGUGAGGAGCUUCUGAUUGCAGAGCUCCGAGGCUGCUGUGGGUUCGAGAUUCUACUUCACCUCACCAAGCGGUUUUGCACUUUAUCUUCCUAUCGACUUAUCAUCAUGGAAGGACUUCCUCGGCGUUUUUCAAUGCUCUGGGACGACGCAAGCGAGAUUCUGGCUUGUAUGAAUCACUUGGGAGAGGUGAUGAGCAGGAUUCAGAUUCGACUUCGAAGUCCCGAAUGGCGAGCGUAUUAUACAGGUCGAGAGGAUGUUAUCAAACUAUUCAGCCAGACUGUCAAUUACACAUCAAGCCGGCAGAAUUUGAUUCAAAGCUUCCACUGGUGUUUGUACGCGUACAACUCUCAGGAAUUUCACAUCGUGGACGAGUAUGUGGGGCCGUGGGAUCCCAAUAAGUCCGUGUGGACCUGGUAUUGUUGGUGGUGUUAGAAUGACCAUAGAUCACAGUCUUAACAGACAAUGUAGCACGCAGUGUACAAACCGCAAUAUUAUUCGUAUAUAAUUUCUUCGGUGAAUUUACUAGUCAUCACAACUUACCCAG